AUGUCAGUAUUAAAGACACUUCUGGAAAAUAAAAAUAACAGUAACAAUAAUAACCUAAAUUCAGAUUCAGAUUUACCAGGUCCUCAGCUGAUUUUUUAUCUUACCUUAUUAAACGAACUCGCACAAAUUCCUAAUUUUGAUAUUAAUAAUGCAGAAUUGGCAAAAAUUUUUACUAAUUCUUGGAGAAAUGCCAGCACUGAAUUCACGGACGAAUUUAUUAUUCUGGCAGCUAAACUUGGACUCGAUUAA